GUCUGCAAAUCUAGCGGAUUUUCAAAAAGCUUCUAAGCUUUUCCUUGCAUUUUGUUUCUGAGGAUGUCGCGUCUCAACUACAGCAAGUGGGAUCACAUCGAGGUUUCUGAUGAUGAAGAUGAUACUCAUCCAAAUAUAGACACACCUAGCUUAUUUCGAUGGCGACAUCAAGCACGCCUAGAAAGAGAUGCUGCUUGGAAGAAAGAAAAAGCAGAGUUUGAGAAUAAUUAUAAGUCAUUUCUAACUAAAUAUAAUGAGGCACAACAAAAAUUAAAUAAAGCUAAGGAGACUGGUUCAGACAACAUACAGGAAUUACAAAAAAAACUCGAUGAACUCGAAGUGGAAGCUAAAGAAUGGUCAGUGAAAGUGACUGAAAUACAAAAGAAAGAACGAAAAUUCGAACUAAUGGAACAUGUUUCACAUCAGUGUAUAGUGAUGCAGUUUAUGCUUGAAUUAGCAAAAUCGCUAAAAGUUGAUCCAAGAGCGUGUAUUCGACCAUUCUUUGCGAAGUUUAAGAAUCCUGAACCAGAAUAUCAAAAAGCUUUCAAUGAUGAACUUUCUGCAUUCCGAGAAAGAAUCAGAGCUCGAGCAAAAGUUCGUUUAGAAGAAGCUAUGAUGCAAAUUGAAGAGGAAGAAAAGCAAAAACGUCUUGGUCCUGGUGGUCUGGAUCCAGUUGAAGUUUUUGAGUCGUUACCAACGAAUCUUCAAGAGUGUUUUGAGAAAAAAGAUGUUGAGUUAUUAAAAACAGUAUUAUGCAGUAUGGAUCCACAACAAGCUGAAUAUCAUAUGAAAAGAUGUGUUGAUAGUGGCCUAUGGGUGGAUAAUGCACGUGAUCAACAAGAAGAAGAUGGUGAAUCAUCGUCAAAUGUUAACACUGACGGUAAUGAUGAUAUUGCUGCUACAAUUCAAACAAAUAAAGAACCAAUCCAUGAUAACGCCUAACAUAAUAAAUUCUCUUGUAUACUACUCGCUAUCGAAAAAUUUUCCUCUCUGUUUAUUAAAGAAAACGAUUUUAUACAUACUUCAUAUCAAUCACUACUGAAUCCUUACUACAACUCUCCUCUUCUUCUUAUGCGUUCAUCAUCCAUCACGUUAUGUUAAAGCGUUUGUUGGUUGAAUUUCUUUUCUUAAAAAUGAGUCCACUGGAUUGAUUUAGUAUGUAAGCACAUUGUUUCAUUUCUAAUUAAUAUGUGUGUGUAAAGAGCAAUUCCUACGAACGACUAAUGAAUUUAUGCAUAUUUUCUUGA